GUCAUGGUGUGUUUUCGAAGAAGUUGGGAAAUGUCGAGUAGCUGAUGCUGCAUCUCCUACGCAUUGCAAAGCAGCAAAGGACGAGGCGACAAAGGCAAUAGAUCACUCAGCAACAUCCGCGUAGAUCGAGAUUGGCUCACCAUGUCUCGCUCCAGUCUCAUUCGAGACUUGAGCUCCCGAGUCGUUUCCUCUGGUCCGUCUCAGCUCCGACCCUGCCUAGCUGUAGCUUCUUCAUCCGCUCGACCCCUCGCCAAACGUCGAAUCUCCUCUACUGUGUCUUGUCAAGCUGCUCCUGUUGCCGAUGAGAUCGCUCGGGACACAAAGCGUGGGGUCGUUCAGAUCCCUCAUCCAUCCCUAGACGCAAUACACGGCUCGACUCGACUCUUGCUCAAACCCAGUUCUCUACCCUCUCUGGUCCACGCCUACGCCAUCGUCAGAGCCGUCGAAGCGCAUUUCCAAACCUCUGUCGUCUCUGUCGAAGUUGGCAUGAGUCCAGAUCUUUUUAUGCCCAGUCAUAGGAUACACAUCACGCUCUUGAAACCCGUCAUUUUGGAGAAACCACUGCAUCUCAUUACCCCCUUGCCAGAGAUGACCAUGGAAGAUGUAGAUCUCUUCGGCCCGUCCUUAGAGGAUAUCCAACGGGUUUUGGAUUCACCUGGACAAGUGGAAGAUCGUGAUGGUGAUUCUGGACCCAUUUCGCAACUUGCAGAGGAUGCAAAAUUGUCUUUCCGAGUCGAAACCCUUCCUGCCGAGUCGCGCGCACCGAUACCGAACCCUCCCAAAUUGCCUCCUGGGUUAUAUCGAGAUCAGCUGAGGCGGCGUCAGGAAAAGGUCGCUGCGGAUGUAAAGAUCUAUGCUGCUGUGGAAAAGCUGAAAGAAGUGUCGAAUGGAGAAUUCGAUGAAUUGCUGGAAAAGUUUUCACACUUCAAAUCAGCUGCUUCAUCCCCCGCUAGCCAGCAACAAGUCGGAGGACAGUCUCUUCUCAACCUGCCUGAAGAGGAUCCUUCAGCUCCAGCAUUCGAUUUCGCACUGCGCAAAGAGUCGGCGAGAUCUUCUAGUGUUCGCAGUAGCACUCACAGCCAACGCCCCGAUGCAGAAGACCCGAACUCCGACGCCAGGAAGCGACAGUCUUUCAAUCUCUCCGCGCUUCCCGGGCGGUCUGCUUCAAAACUUUCCGCACAACCGAGCAAAGAAGACGGUGCAAUGGUUGAAUGGAGCAGAUCAGCCGUCGCUGAGAGCCAAAGCACGAAACGGUCGAAAUCCUCAGCUUCCACACGAGCUGGAAAACAAGCCAAGCCAAAGCCAGCAGAAGAAGAGGACUUGUACGUUCGUCUAGAGCUUAUGAGGAAACAAGAGGAAAAGAGAGCAGCUGCCGAAGCGGCUGAACGAAAGGCUGAAAAGAAUCGAGAGGCAAAGGUACUUCAGGAACAAAGACGGGAAGCUGAGCUGGAUCAACAACGACAAGAGGAGAAGGCCAAUUCGACCAUUGGGAGGAUGGGUCGGAUGUUGAACGACGCUGCGAAACGUUGGGGUAUAUAGCGCAUCCCAGUGUGCAGCUGCGUUUUAGAAGCACAGCACAGCAUCGCAUGUCAUGAUUUUGUGCAGACUCAGUCACGUCG